AAGGAAUGAUGUUGGACUAAAUCUGGACAGAAGAGAUUGUGAAGGUGAUGAAAAAUGAGGAACAUGAAGAGCCAGCUAAUGUUGGGGCCAGCUUUCUGAAGCAAGACCCAGAGCGUGGCGGAGGUCACAUGAUCUCCACCGAUGAUUUGGAGUACCCCCGCGAAUAUCGGACGCUGGGGAACAGCACACGCCGCUUUUCUAAUGUGGGGCUGGUCCACACCUCCGAGCACCGGCACACGGUUAUUGCUGCCCAGAGCCUGGAGGCCCUCAGCAACCUGCACAAGGCUGACAUGGAACGCAAGCGGGAUGUCUUCAUGGACCAUCUGAAGAACAAGUACCCACCCCAGCACUCCUUGCCACCCUCUCCAUCACCCUCACACAGCAGCAUGAGGGGCACCUCCGAGAGGAGUGCUCGAGAACAGCAACAGCCAAACUACUGGAGCUUUAAGAGCCGUAGCCCACGCCACUCCCAGUCGACUCAGUCAGGUUUGGCAGAUCAGGCAUCUAAGCUGUCCUUUGCCUCUGCUGAGUCUCUGGAGACCAUGUCUGAGGCUGACAUGCCGCUGGGCUUCAACCGCAUGAACCGUUUCCGUCAGAGCCUUCCACUCUCCCGCUCGGCAAGCCAGAACAAACUACGCUCUCCAGGUGUCCUCUUCCUGCAGUUUGGAGAUGAGACCAGGCGUGUUCACAUUACUCACGAUCUCAACAGUUUGGAGACCUUGCAUGCGCUCAUCGUGCACAUGUUCCCUCAGAAGCUGACAGCGGGAAUGUUGAAGUCUCCCAACACCGCAAUCUUGAUCAAAGACGAAGCAAGAAACGUCUUCUACGAGCUGGAGGAUGUGAGAGACAUACAGGACCGCAGCAUCAUCAAAAUCUAUCGCAAAGAGCCCAUUUAUGCCUCCUACCCUGCUGCACAUCUGGCCAAUGGAGACCUCAGGAGAGAGAUGGUUUACUCAUCGCGGGACUCGUCACCUACCCAUCGCCUCAACACCCUCCCUCCUUCCACUGCCUCGCCCUCCUCCAGUUCCCCAUCACGAUCCCGUCUGUCCUACAGCGGGGGUCGCCCCCCAUCUUUUGCUGGUCCAGGUCACCCUCACCCCCAGGGCCCUCAGCAUCCAUCCCACCACCCUUCACCCUCGCACGGACAAGCUCAAGGCCUUACACCCUCCUCCGCCAUCCUGGAGCGUCGUGAUGUCAAACCAGACGAGGAGAUGUCUGGUAAGAACAUGGUUCUUCUGAAGAAUGAGGGUCUGUAUGCUGACCCCUACAGCCUGGUACAUGAGGGUCGACUUAGCAUUGCCUCUACUCAAUCUCUGGCCACCAUCGCCGACCCCUUUGGUUUCCCGGUGUCAGGAGGACUCUACCGCAGGGGUUCGAUGCGGUCUCUUAGUACAUACUCAGCCGCAGCGCUACAAGGUGACCUGGAGGAUUCCCUUUAUAAACCUGGUGGUUCUCUAUACUCUGAUACCUAUGGCCCCAGCUCCACACUUGGCAUGGGGUUUCGUCUGCCACCUUCCUCCCCACAGAAGAUUCCCGACGUACAGUUACGUGACAGAGAUUCAUUCACCGUGUCUCCGAGCCGAGGGACGCCCGUGAGACAGACCUUCCGCAAGGACUCCACCUCCUCAUCUGUGUUUGUGGAGAGCCCGAAGUCCAGACCCAGCUCUAGUUCAGAACCUCUAGGAGAUGGGAGCAAGGGACCUGGGUUUGGGUCGUCAUUGUCUGGGAAUGAGACAGACACACGCAGGGAUCGUAUGGAGGCAAUGGAGAAGCAAAUAGCCAGUCUGACUGGACUGGUUCAGAGUGUCCUAACUCGGGCACCAGACAGCGACAGCACAUGCGGCCUGCUGCGUCUCUGCAUGAUGGCCGGCUGCCCUCCGGACCAGGGGGCGGAGUUUUCACGGCCCUUCCCUUUCUCUUCCAGCGAGAAGACCGAAUCCACCAGCGACGGCUCCGCCACAGAAACUGGCCGGCUGAAGAAGAAAGCGCUGACUCCAUCGGCUCCACUGGCUCUGAUGCCUCCACCUUCAUCUAGCAGCUCUCAGGCCUCAACCAUCUCCAGACUACAGAUGCAGCUCCACCUACACGACUUACAACAGAACACCACUGAUCUGCGCAAACAGCUCGCACAGCUCCGGAAAAUGCAGUUACAGAACCAGGACUCCAUGCACACUCUGCUGAAGAGAACUGAAACAGAACUGAGUCUGCGUCUAUCUGAUGCCCUGAGAAAACAAGAAGAUCCUCUUCAGAGACAGCGCCUGCUAGUGGAAGAGGAGAGACUCAAAUACCUCAAUGAGGAGGAACUCAUAAUACAGCAAUUACAUGAUCUAGAGAAGUCAGUGGAGGAGAUCCACAAGGAGAUGUCUGUCAAUCACCGGCAUGUGACAGUACAGGAAUUGGAAGAGAAAACCUCCCUGCUGAGGAAACUGGGAGAGACGCUCACAGAGCUGAAGAAUCAAUUUCCAGGGCUGCAGAGUAAAAUGCGGGUGGUUCUGAGAGUGGAAGUGGAAGCGGUGAAGUUUCUGAAAGAGGAGCCGCACAGACUGGAUGCUCUGCUUAAACGAUGCAAAUCAAUCACAGACACUCUCACCACGCUGAGGAGGCAGGUGAAUGAGGGAGUGUGGAAUAACCAGGAUGAGUAUUCAAGUUCCUCCCCUAAACACGGAGGAGGGGAAGAGUACAGGAAGAACACAGACUUUGACAUUUCAACCAGCCCACCGCUCAGCCUCAGUGAGAACAGUCUGGCGAAUUGGAGCCCUCAUUCCAGUCAAGGCCACGCCCACAGCCACUCCCAUUCUAACCCUUCCUCACAGCGUGAGAAAGACUCUCAAGGAGUGGGGUCAUUAAAGGGGCGGGGCCUGGAGGACCUGGGUGGGCGAAGCGGUUCUGAUAAGGCCUCGUCAGUGGAAGUGAGACUGGCAGCAGAGAGGGACUGGGAGGAGAAGAGAGCCAGUCUAACUCAGUACAGUGCUCAGGACAUUAAUCGACUGUUGGAAGAGACCCAAGCUGAGCUCAUGAAGGCCAUUCCAGACUUGGACUUUGCCGCCAAGCAAAUCAAACCUGCUCAGAAUCAGAACCAAAACCAGAACCAGAGCCCAUCUAGCACCAAUGCCACACUAGACCACAGGCCUAAUAAACCUCAGCAUAAACUCUCCAGUAAAGAGGGCGGAUCCAGACGGGGCUCUGAUGAGCUGACGGUGGCAAGGUAUCGAACGGAGAAGCCCUCAAAAUCCCCCCCUCCUCCACCUCCUCGCAGGAGUUUCCCCUCCUCCUCUGGUCUUACUACACGCAGCGGAGAGACGAUCAUUCCAGGAAAGAGUGUAAAGAAAUCUGAAUCAGAGGAGAACGAGUCUCAGAAGCCCCACGUGAAGCUGAGGAGGAGUGUAUCUGAAGCCCCCCGGCCGGCCUCUACCCCUCCGACCAUCGCUAGUGAAAGAGAGGAGGGGGACGAGGAGAAGUUAGCUGCUGAAUUGGAGCAGCUGACCAUAUCUCGGUUUGGUUUUCAUGAACAGUCCAGCAAUUUUACAGAGGAAUCUUCAAUGCAGCAUGGAAUAUCCCCCACUCCGGUCCCCCAGAUAGUCUUAACUGAGUGUAACUCACUCCCCAUGUCCCCUUCAGAGGAUUCGGUUGAGGCCAGUCCAUCUGUUGUACCAGAGGUUCAGUGUUCUGAAAGUGUACCGACAAUACAAGACAAUGACACUAGAGUAAGUUACUUUUGUCACAUUGUCAGGACUCCCAGUCUGUCGCUAUGGAAAAAAGACUUGACAAACGGCCAAAAAGUCUCUCGGAUACAAGACUUGGAUGUGGCCCAGAUUGAGCCUCAGAUGAGGCAGACUCCUGUUCAGGAUGUGACCCAGUCCUGGCCAUGCCACACAAGGCAGAGAGCAAUUAAACAGCCCCUGAGGAGGGAGCCAAGGGUUAAGGAGUCUCUUGAGGCGGAGAGAGAGCCGAAAGACAAGGCAUCGAGAUAUCAGAGGCCUGGGACAAUCUGCCAAAAGUUGGAAACUACAUUGUCUGUCUUGCAGGAAAAUGGCCCCUCUGAGACAUCUCAAGUGGGUUUGAUCCGCACUCAGGGCAUUGGAGGGGAGAAGGAAGACAUCUGUCACAGAACCUACCGUCGGCUAGACAGUCUAGAGGAAACCAUUCGUGAGCUGGAGCUUAGCUUGAUGGAGUACAGCACUGACCCUCAAACUGGGAACAUCUUCCCCAUUGCUGCCCAGCCAGAGAGCUCCUCCACCAUCAGCAGCUCCCUCAAGAUAUCCAGCAGCACUCGACAAACAGCACAUAGCCCUGAAGAGGGAGGCGAAAUAAACAGACCCCUUGUCCCACCCAAACCUUGUUUCAUCAAUACAUCAACAGCCAAGACUGGUGGUGGUAAAGCACUCUUUCAUCUGAAGCAUCUGCAGCAAAGUGGAUCGGACAAGAGCAAAACAAGCAAACAGAGAGAUGACUUCCUUAAGAGCCAGGGUCAACAGCAGGCUCUGAGUCUGAACAUCAGCAGAGCCAGAGCAACCGAGUCACUCCUCACAAGCACCAGAGCUGCCAGCUUCUCCGGCCAGCUGCCCUCCAGGCUGCGCAAGUACCGCCAGGAGGGGGCACUGUCCUCCCUGACUGCUUCCUCCAACCAGGCCAAAGCACUGCUUGCUAGCCUCUCUGCAUCCAGCCUCUCGGCCGAGGCCCUACUCCUCUCCUCCACCAUCAGACACCAUCGUUUACUACGAGAGCAGAGCAUCAAUUCCGCCACCCUUCCUCUCCACAUCUCCAACGGCCACUCCCCUACCUCCCCCACCUCACCCACUUCCUCUCCUUCCUCCCCUUCUACUCUCACCUCCCUCAGUCUAUCCUCACUAGCCCUGAAACCUUCCACUAUCCGCAGCCUGGAGUUUGAAAAGGAGCGGAACAAGACCGAACCCAAGCCAGUGACCCCCAAUGACAGUGAGUAAGGAGAGAAAAGAAGACAUGGUUGAAAAUGCUACAUAUUUAAAGGAUGCUGGGAGAACAAGUACAAAGAGGAUAACUUCAAGAGAGAAGAAGAGAAAGAACAUUUGAUUUAAACACUUGGUUAAAAGAAAAAAAAUUGAUUUAGGUUUUGUAGCAGUUUGUUCUCUCAACAUUUCCCUGGACAUCCUCUCCAAGAUGCUAUAUGGACAGCUGUGACGUAGUGCAUGGAGACAGCAAACAAUCUUAUUUACCAUUCUCCAUCCCAGGUUUAAUUUUCUCCAGUUUGUGAGCAGAUCUACACUUUUAACCUUACCCACCCUGCAGACCUGGCAGUUCCUCAAACAGAGAGCCAACAGAUGGGCUUGGACACUCACCACAAGCUUGUUUCCAGCUCCACCAUACAGCCAGCAUCACAACACCCACGGGAGGCCUGGGGAAGGACUCUUUUCCCAAACCCUCAUUUGUUUGCCAAAUCUCACAUGUUGGAGAUCUAGCUGAGUCCAGUAGAUGUCCAUCAAGUGUAAAAUCAAGACUGUAAGACUAUGUUAAACCAAGUAGAGUUGCAAUAAUCGAGAAGUGAGUACUGUAGUAGUCUGUGUUUGUUCAGAGUUUUUAUUGCUCAUAUAUCUAUAUUAACAAAUAGAAUGUUUAAAAAAAUACAGUAAAACCUUAAUGGAAAGCAGUAUCACUUGUUCUGAUGUAGGUUUUCUGGCUAACAGCUGUACUACUUAAGGAGCAUAACUGAAAUUGGUGCUAUGAUUAUAGUAACAUUUUUGAACAGAAAAAUCACAUGUGGUUACAGGUUAUUGAGUUAUUGAGUCCCUCAAUGCACAUACACUGCCUAAGAAUCCAUUCUUGUUCUCAUUAACUCUCAAAUAGGUCUUCAUACAGCAAUUUUCAUAUAUUUUCUGUAACUUAGGAUGUUGUCAUGGCAGCAGAGGAAUUAUGGGAAAGUGGAGGACUGCUUACUUCUUAAUGGGUUGGUAUUGAGGCUAUUGUUCUUAAAUUCUUAAGAGUCGCAGUUUUCCCAAAUGCUAUUUAAAGAUAUUUAGGCUACUUUCUAGUUGCAGGUAGAUCAUUUAAAAAGCACGGCAGGUUGUUCAGACUAGAGAGGAUUCCAAGAGCCUGAAAUGUGUUUGAAUGAAAAAGUACAGUGAUCUGACAAUCAUGAAAAUUUCUGCACAAACUGUACAAACAAAAACUCUGGGACUCCCAGACUGAGAAAAUUAAGUCAGAUUUGAAAUGCACAAACAGAUGGUUAGGUUCACCAUGUAGGGGUUAUAAAGGCAUGAUGACUGAGCCAGUGGAAGUGAUCCACCGAGUGGAAGACAUCGGUGCAGUAGAACAUUCCAACUCAUCCUCUCACCUAAUGAGCCGAUCAUAUCUUCCACAUACAGUGCUAUCAAAACCACAGAUUCUCAUAUUUAGAUUCAUUUCCAGUAGGCACCAUAAGUUCAACUUUUGUUAUUUUGAACUGCAUAAUUAGGUAUUUGUGUACAAUUACCCAGAAUGUGGAUCCAAAUCCUGCUAAUAAGAUUAGCUUAAACAAGCAUGAAUUUUCAUGCUGGUCCAAGCUGGUUUAUGCUGAUUUGGUGCUGGUGUAGCUGUAGACAUGCAGUUUAGCAUGGUCUUUCUGAUAAAGCUGUCUGACCAAUGGUGGCUAGUUAAGAAGUCUGGUAGGGACAUAAGCAUACUAGUAUCAAAACUAGCGACCAGAUGAAUAUGAAUAGAUGAAUAUGGCAACAGUUACAAGCACAUAAGCACAUGUAGUUUCAUUGUUCUCCACACUACAAAGGAAAAUGUAAUAAGUAUGCUAACACUUUUUUUUUUUUUUAAGUUCAUGCAAACUGCAUGCUCCGUUGUCCCUGAAUCUGAGCAAAGUUUAGCCAAACCCAUCUGACGCAGGACAAAAUCAUAGUCUGAGAGACCUGAUUUCUCAAUUUUGAAAAAAAUAAAUAAAGUUUAUGCUUUUUACCUUUGCACAGCAGCACAGUCAUGAUACUGAGAAUAUCUGUAGGGUAGAGUUUGUUGACAAUGAGGCUCUGUUUAGGCCCACUCUUCUUCUAUUCUCAUUCCAGCCCCUAUGACAUAUAUAAACACAACCACACACAGUUUUUUUCUCACAGGGGUAUUCCUAUGUUUUGGAUCUGUCGAUGCCGCAACCUGACAAUUUUCUAAUAAGUCCAGAGAAUUUAAAUUUGAAAAGGUGUGAGAGAUUAGAACAGAAUAAGAUGAAUAGGGAGAGAGGGGAGAUUUUUCCAGCUUUGAAAAAAACGAAUGCAUGAAAUUGAUUGCUCGUGGUGCAGGGUUUAAAAUAAUGGUUUAAGCACUGGGUCAUGUCUAGAGUAUAUGGCCAGAGGAGAGAUUAGAUGUGUAACUCCGUGUCUUUUGGCCAAAUCAGCCAGAAAUUCAUGUCAGGAAUGCUCAGUGAUUUAAGUGGGUGGCCUGGCGAGAGGUAGAAAGGUCGAGCUUUAGCUGUUACAUGCAUGGAAUCUUCUUAAUUUAAGGCACCAAGUCUUAAUGUCUUUGCUUGACUAUGGUGUUGUUUAAAUGUGUUAACAUAUCUUAGUGAAAGAGAAAGGCAAUGCUUUCAUAUGAAGCAUGACUGUGUUACUCAUUUAAAACUCUGUCCACUCAUUCAUUGUUUUUAAAAUGUGGAUUUGGUUACACAAAAAAGUUGAGCAGCUUAAUGCAAUUUUUUAUGUUCAUGGCUUGGGUUUGCUUCUGUGUUGUUGACUUUGUGAUGAAUACAAAGCACCCAUACACUAUUACUAAUUCCCUAAAAAUGCAAGGUUCAAAUAUAUUUGACAAAUGGAAAGAUUCCAGCAAGCUUUAAAUUUAUAGCUCUAUUGCUGAAGGCCUAUUUAAGAACCCAAAACCACUUUUGAAAAACUAACAAAUGAGACAAAUUUAGCAAUUCAUGCAGCAUAAAUGAAUAAACUGUUACCAUCAUGGCUAAGGUUUCUCAGAAAGCAGAAUUGGGUUUGAUGCUCGGAUGGAGUAACUGAGAAAAUACAUCACCUCCUGUCAAGGUACACUCCAUCCUCUUAAGUAAAGCAAAUAAGAGCUAAGAAAAGACAUGUUUAAAAUCAUUGACCCUUCUGAGGCUGUAUGGGUGAGUAGGAAGGUGCUGAAAUUAAAAAAAAAAUGUAAGUAGGAUCUUGCUCUCAGAAAAAAAUGGUAAGAUAUCAGCUCAUUAAAGUUAGGCAUAAACUGUAUUUUUCACUCAACAUGGUUGGUCAAAAAUGUAUGAUGCGAUUUUUGCAUUUGUAUUAUUUAUUUUUUUUAUUUUUUUUAUUUUUUUGAUGAUUUUAUAUAUAUUGAGAUUUCUUUGUAUAUUGCAUAUUUUUGUUUUUGUAAUGCAUAGAGUAUACUAGAAAAUUAUUUAUUCACGAGGAAAGUGUUUUGUAUAUUGAGUUGAAAAUAUUAAUCUGUACAGCCCAGUUGAUUUGUAAUAUAUAGCUGCAUCUUAACCAAGGACAGAUUAAUAGUUUUGUUAAUUAUAAUUUUUAUGAGUGGUUUUACUUUGAGUGUAAAGUGUUGGGAUAACCCAAAAGGGCCUCUAUCCAGACAAAUUAUUCUGAUCUUCGAGGUAACUGGAUGAAUUUAUGUGAAAUCAGGUUAUUUAUGAUCCAGUGCCAAUGUUUAUGAAGCUCUAAAUCUCUACUGUGACUUGAGAAUGUAAUUUACAAGCUGUUGUUCAUUUGUUGUUUUGGCGGGAAUAGAGAAGGCUCUGAAGGUAAUGUAAAUGUUGACAGUUUGAAGGCACGUCACUCGGCUGCCCUCUAGUGGAAGCGAGUAAUACCGUAGCUGCAUUGCUAACGCUAGUUCCUCAUGAAAACGCUACUGAUAAACAACUGUUCGUUCAAACUGAGUCAAUGUACAAAUGCCUUGGUAAAUCAAAUCGCAACUUUAAUGCUUAUUUUACACUCAGCAAUGCUAAUUUUGAGUUGAAGGUUUUGGGACCUCUGAGUGUUUACCAAAAAGACAUAAAUACGAAGAGUUGCUGGAUGUUUCUGCUAUUGGCUAGUUACGUCUGGUGUAUAAGGCAAAGAAAUGGCACACUGAGAGUCCUUUGAAGAAAGCACAUUCUUCUUUAAAUGCUAGAACAACUGUCAAAUGUAUUAUGUAUUUUACCAGAGCUCUUUAGUCCCUUAUGUGAGAUUUUUAUACAUGAAUUUGUGGGUGAAUUUUGGCAUCAUAGAACUAAAAAACGAAAUAUAUAUAUAUAUAUAUAUAUAUAUAUAUAUAUAUAUAUAUAUAUAUAUACACACA